AAUCAUGGUUGUAAAGUUCUUGUACACUUGUAAACAAUCUUUUUCUCUCCCGCGAUUGAAGCUUCUCUUCUUCUCUCUCUCGAUUGGAUCUCCCUGACUCUCAUCCUUCCCGAUUCUAGGGUUUCCCAUCCAAUUCCACGAAUUCCUUCGAUUCGCUUCGUUUCUAGGGUUUCUCCGCCACCAGAUCCAUCUUCAAUUUCUUCCAUCCGAACCUUUCAUUCACAUAAUUCAUCAUGUUUUGGCGAAUGGCUGGAUUGUCCACCGCAUCUCCGGUGGAGACCAUUAUGGAUAGGGAUAAUUUCACUUUGGAGGAACUACUCGAUGAGGAUGAAAUAAUUCAAGAAUGCAAGGCUCUUAAUAGCCGCCUUAUAAAUUUUUUGUCUGGAAAAGCACAGGUUGAGCAAUUGGUGCGAUACAUUAUUGAAGAGGCUCCCGAGGAUGCUGAAAAGAAGCGGACCUUUAAGUUUCCUUUUAUUGCUUGUGAGAUAUUUACCUGUGAAGUUGAUAACAUACUCAAAACUCUGGUAGAGGAUGAGGAAUUGAUGAAUCUGCUAUUCUCCUUUUUGGAGCCAAAUAACUCCCAUUGUAACCUACUAGCUGGAUAUUUUAGCAAGGUAGUUGUAUGCCUGAUGCUACGCAAGACAGUUCCUUUCAUGCAUUAUGUUCAAGCUCACCAGGAAAUUGUGAAGAAACUAGUUGAGUUGAUUGGGAUUACAUCUAUCAUGGAGGUUUUGAUUCGCUUGAUUGGCGCGGAUGAGCAUAUCUAUGUAAAUCACGUGGAUGCAAUGAAGUGGAUUGAAAACACUGAUGUGCUUGAGAUGAUUGUAGACAAGUUCAGUUCUUCAGAUUCUCCAGAAGUGCAUACUAAUACAGCAGAAACACUCUGUGCCAUUACCCGAUUUGCUCCAGCAGGGCUUUCUGCCAAAAUUUCGAGCCCCAGCUUUAUAGGAAGAUUAUUCUCUCAUGCUCUAGAAGACUCUCGGCCAAAAUCUGUUCUUGUUAACUCAUUAUCUAUAUGCAUAUCUUUGCUAGACCCUAGGAGAAUUUCUUUUGGAGCUUAUCAUUCCUAUAACCGUCAAAUGACUAAUGGAUCCACUGUAACUGCAAAUCCUGAGACUAUUGAAGGCAUGCUAGAAAGCCUAGGUGAUCUACUCAAGCUCUUAGAUGUUUCUUCCGCCGAAAAUCUCUUGCCAACUACUUAUGGCAAGUUACAACCACCUCUUGGAAAACAUCGUUUGAAGAUUGUAGAGUUUAUAUCAGUCUUAUUAACUGUUGGUAGCGAAGCUGCGGAGAAGAAAUUGAUUGAUUAUGAAGCAGUACAAAGAAUUAUAAACUUAUUCUUCGAGUAUCCAUACAAUAACUUUCUGCAUCACCAUGUGGAAACCAUUAUAAUAUCAUGCUUGGAGAGCAAGAGUUCUUCUCUUCAGGAACAUAUUCUCCGUGAUUGUGAUUUUGUUGGGAAAAUUAUUCAAGCAGAAAAGCAUUUGACAUUGGAAGCUGGUACAAACAAGCCAACGUCUCCAGCUGAGGGUAAAUCACCACCCAGGAUAGGAAGCAUAGGCCACUUGACCCGUAUAUCUAACAAACUUAUCCAGUUAGGGAAUACCAACAGUGGGAUUCAGGAGCAUCUGCAGGGAAUUAGUGAAUGGGCAGACUGGUACAUGAAUGUUCUAUCAAACCGGAAUGCUGUGGAAAAUGUCUCUCAAUGGGCGUGUGGGAGACCGACAGCAUUGCAUGACAGAAAUAGGGAUAGUGACGAGGAUGAUUACCAGGACCGGGACUAUGACGUUGCGGCCUUGGCAAAUAACUUAAGUCAGGCCUUCCGUUAUGGCAUUUAUAAUAAUGAUGACGACAUGGAAGAGGUUCACGGAUCUCUUGAACGAGACGACGAGGAUGUCUAUUUUGACGAUGAAUCUGCAGAAGUUGUUAUAUCUUCUUUGCGGUUGGGAGAAGAACCUGAAAGUGGGUCUCUCUUCACAAAUUCCAACUGGUUUGCUUUUGAGGAGGAUAGAGAUAGAGUUGCCAAUGAACGGUCAACCGGCUCUCUUGCUUCUCCGUCAGCUAAUGCCGAGGAGGGUGUUAAAAAUGGCAGCGGAGAUUAUAAUGUGCCUGCCGGUGAAGAUGAGGACUUGGCUGAUACUGCAACGUCUUCUCCAGAAGAAGAAGCAGAACCAGAGCCAAAAUUAGAACCUGUUGGAACUGAUAAACCCGUCGAGUGGGUUGAAUGGAGAGAGUCUUUAGAUGCUAGCAACCCUUCUGAGGUUCUUCCCAAUGGAGAACUUGAGUCAGAAUCGGGGAACAGUGAUCUUGAUGCAGCCGAAUCAUCUCCACCAUCCGAUGUUACAUUAACGAAGGAUGGACAGACGGAUGCUGCACUAUUAGCAACUGUUGAUGAGAACCUCAGCAUUGAAUCCUCUGAUCCAAUUCAAACAGAAAGUGAAAAUCCAAGUUCUCCUGCAACCAUUCCUGUGGAUGGAGCAUUGGCUGAAGUUGGCGACAGUAACAAGGACACAACAGAUGACAAGGAAGGAAUUGAACAAUUGAGUAGCUAAUGUAAAUUCCUCUGAAUUUGGCUUGGAAGACUAUGCAACAUUAACCAGGUGGGAAGAUAAAACUUGGAAUCUGGCUGGGCAAAGAGAGUAUUUAGUGCCUCUCUGCACGGUGCACGCUGUUUUAUUUUUUUUUAUAGGAAUAUUGAUUUUUUAUUCCCACCUACAUCUGAAGCUAGAAAUUCAAUGUCUGAUGAUGUUUUAGCUUAUGCUGUUUAGGUGCUACUGAAUUCUUCACCUGUUCAUAUCAAUAUUUAGCUCGCCCAUUUAGGUGGUACUCAAUUUUUCCCUUUUUAAUGUUAUUGUUCAUAUAAAUUAUAAUACAGCUUUGAAGUUUUUGACAAGCAAAAGAUUCUUUGUCCGACUUA